UGCGGCCUGACAUCAUUUUGCACUCUAAAUUUUGAUGAUGAUUUCGUCAUUAGCGGAAUCUGCGGAAAUUAAGAGAGGUCACGCGAACGCAACGGUUUAUGAUUCAAAUGGGGCGCACUUGCGCGCCGGUCAUUAUUAUUAUUCGAGUGUGACAAUUUCGCAAGUGAUUGGUGAAGCUAUGGAUCACAAGUUUGCUACCGGUCACUAUUUUUUUGUUUUUAAUCUCUUUUAUGGAAUUUUUCAUUAAUCAAGAAUUUCAAGAAUAAAAUUAUAUAACAAUUGAAGUCAAUUAGAAAAAAAUGAAUUCUUAAAAAUAUCUUUUCACAAAAACUUGACUUUUCUAAAGUCUAACCAAACAUCAUUACAAAAUUUUUUUUUUGGCCAAAUAAUCAUUUACAUAUCAUGAGCGAUCAGAGAAAAAGUAUAUUGGACAAAUUAUACGAAUGUGUAAACAAUGGUGUCGACUGGGGUAUAAAUUAUACAAAACAUCCUUGUCCUCCGAAAAAGAAAUCUAUGAAAAAAGGUUCAGAUACAUUUGAAGAUGAUUUGAGAAGGAAAAAAAAUCGUGAAUUAGAAAAUAAUGAUAAAUCAGGAAAAGAUCAAGAUUCUCAAGGGACAAUAAGAGAUUAUCGAGAUUUUCAAGAAAAAUCACAAGAUGAUUCCGAUUUUGAAAAGCGAAAAGAUACAAAACCACCAGCGGAAGAACCACCUUGUUGUGAUAUUCCAAUGCAGGAUCCUUCUUCACCGUGCUAUGAAACUCAAGACUUACAUUGUCAAUGUAAAAAAGUAAAUUCGAAUGAACCACGCGAACCUACUUCAGCCUGCGAUUGUUCUCAACACGAUAGACGUUACACGGGAAAAGAAACCCUUUUCGGUGAAGACAUUCGAUUAGAAAGAGCUUGAAGAACAAAAGGAUUUUUUUUUGCAAUAACUAUUUUUAUGAAAAAGUGUAUAAAAACUGACGCUCAGCGGAGAUUUUUUUGAAACAGAAAAUUAAGAAAAGGUAAUUAUAUUUGGCACAAUAAACUAAUUAACAUUCAA